AUGGCCUAUCUAAUAAUCGCGUUUUUUGUUAUUAUAUUUAGUUUAUGUUACUACUUAUUCACGAGAAAAUAUGACUAUUGGAAAAAACGAAACGUACCCCAUCUCGAGCCAACCACUUUAUUCGGGAAUUAUAAAGAUUACCUCCUUUUGAAGACAUAUUUGCCGCAAGUAAUAAGUGACGUUUGUAAAAAAUUCCCAAAUCAACCGUAUGUCGGUGCUUACUACGGGACGGAGCCCGCUCUCAUCGUCAAGGAUCCUGAUUACCUUAAACUCAUUAUGACGAAAGACUUCUACUACUUCAACAGCAGAGAAAUCGGAGAAUUUACUGACAAAGAAGUUAUUACACGAAACAUAUUUUUCAUAGGCGGGGAUAGAUGGAAGAUACUCAGACAAAAUUUCACGCCGCUGUUCUCGUCGGCUAAAAUGAAGAAAAUGUUCUAUCUUAUUGAAGAAUGUUCUACAACUCUCGAAAAAUUAAUUGAUAAGGCUGCUGCAGAACCUUCCACUGAAACCAGAUUAAUGAUGUCCAGAUUCACUAUAGACUGCAUUGGAUCUUGCGCUUUUGGGCUGAAUACAAAAUGCUUGAUAGAUUCUACUAACCCCUUCCUUCACAUCGGCCAAAGGAUUUUCGAGAUGUCCAGUUCCAGAGCGUUGAGAAACAUAGGCCGUGCCUUGUGGCCGUCAAUAUUCUACAAGCUAGGUCUUACCGCGUUUCCCGCUGAAAUUAGUGAAUUCUUCGCAAAGCUACUAGUGGACGUGUUCGAGCAGCGCCAGUAUAAGGACUCAGGCAGACACGACUUCGUGGAUCUCAUGCUCAGUUUGAAGGAAAACAAAUAUAUAACCGGUGACAGCAUUGCUAACAUUAAGGGAGACGACAAGAAAACUACGCUAGAAGUAGAUAACGCUCUUCUGUGCGCCCAGGCCACGGUGUUCUUCGCAGCGGGAUACGAAACCUCUUCAGGCACCUUGAGUUACCUGCUUUACGAAUUAGCAAAGUGUCCAGAGGCUCAGGAGCGUGCUAUAGCUGAAACUGACGAGUACUUUAAGAAAAAUAACAAAUUGUUCUAUGAAUGUAUCCAUGAAACGCCUUACAUUCAGGCUUGUAUGAAUGAAACAUUGCGCCUGUACCCAGUUCUCGGCGUGCUAACUAGGGAGGUGGUCGAAGACUACACGCUACCAUCAGGACUUGUAUUGAACAAAGAUCUCCGAGUCCACAUACCAGUGUACCAUUUGCACAGAGAUCCCAACAAUUUCCCAGAACCAGACACAUUCCGCCCAGAGAGGUUUUUGGAGCCAGAGAAAGACAACAUCAAGCCGUUCACUUACAUGCCGUUUGGAGAUGGCCCAAGAAUAUGUUUGGGUAUGAGAUUCGCCAAGAUGCAAAUGACGGCUGGUCUGCUCACGGUUCUGAAGAAGUGCAGAGUGGAAUUGGCUGAAAAUAUGCCCAAAACAUUGGUAUUCGACGCUCGCCCCCUCACCACGCAGACCGCUACUGGCAUUAAGCUUAAAUUUGUACCACGCCAAUAACCACGCCACCCCAAUGAAAUGAGCU